CCUGACCGCGCGCCGCUGACGUCACGGGCGUGCGGGGCGGCCGCUGGCGGUUGUGGGCCAAGAUGGCGCUGCUGGUCCGGGAGCCUCUGGGCUCGCGGGUGCGGCUGCGGGCGCUGCCCCCCGGCGGCGGCUCGGUGCGCGGCCUGCUGCGGGACUGCGCUCGGGAGCUGAAUGUUCCCGAAGAAAGUUUGUACGUGAAGUGUAACGGGCGGCUGGCGGCUGGCGAAGACGUGCUGCAGGAUGGCGCGGUGUACAGCCUGGAACCGCGGCUGUGCGGGGGGAAAGGAGGAUUUGGAUCUAUGCUGCGAGCACUCGGUGCUCAGAUUGAAAAAACAACCAAUAGAGAGGCUUGCCGGGACCUCAGCGGGAGGAGGCUUCGUGAUGUCAACCAUGAGAAAGCGAUGGCUGAAUGGGUGAAGCAGCAAGCAGAACGGGAAGCGGAGAAAGAGCAAAGGCGCUUGGAAAGGCUGCAGCGGAAACUUGCAGAGCCAAAGCACUUUUUUACAAACCCAGACUACCAGCAGCAGUGUCACGAAAUGGCUGAGCGGCUAGAAGAUUCAGUCCUUAAAGGAUUGCAGGCCUCGUCUAGCAAAGUAGUGUCACCAGAAAGUGGCAAUAGUCGGAAGCGUACAGGUGAAUCUGGAAAGAAAGGAACAAAAUAUGGAAAAAAGAGAUGUUUUUGGCUGGGGUUGGAAGGGUUGGAUGAUACCGACAGUUCAGAUUCUGGUGAUGGCAGUGAAGAUGAUUCCCCUCAGACAUCUGAUGGAAGCUGUCCAUCAGGAAGCAGACAUGAUGAAAAUGCUGGAAAUGCCAGUGAAUGUUCAAGCAGCUCUGUGGAUUCGGUAGAGCAUAGUCCAGCUGCCAGUGCUACUGAGGAGAAGGCAUCGCAGCAACCAGAAGUUACUGGAAUAGAUCUGCAGGGGGAGACCCACGCGGGUGGGCAAACAGAAGUUCCAGCUGAUGGAAGCCGUGAAGUGACAAAGCCACCUCUGGAGGAAGAAGCCCAAGAAAAGAAUGAAGUAACUCAGACUCCAAAAGAAGAGGAGCAACAAAAUGUUUCUUCUAAGGCCCAGGAGACAAAUCAGUUACCGAGCACAGAUGUGGAACCAAUCGACCUACUUGCAUUCAGCUCUGCUGCUGAAAUGGAGGCGCUGGGGUUAGAUAAGCUGAAGAUGCAGUUGAUGGUGUUAGGACUGAAAUGUGGAGGCACUUUACAGGAAAGAGCAGCGAGGCUUUUCUCAGUGAGAGGUCUGUCCAGAGACCAGAUUGAUCCUUCCUUAUUUGCAAAGCCUUCUAAAGGGAAAAAAGGGAAAUCUUAAAUUACUUUGUGUCUGUGUACUUUUAAUUUUUCCUUAUUCUGCUGCCAUUCUGUCCUGCCAUAGAGAAAAAGUCUUUGGCAUCUCUCGAUAAUUUUUUGUUUUUACUUUAAUGAAGUUCAGUUAACAUAACACAGAGAAAGCUGUUAAAUAGUGAGUUAGUUAUGUGUUCAAUAUUAAAGGAGUGAAACACUGCCUUUUGAUAAGCUUUACGAACAGUUAUAACAAAUUGUAAUGUAACAGAACAAAUUCCGUGCAGAUGGGAAGAAAGAACCUGCGUGUUUUUCAGAGAAUGAACGUACAGCACCAUCAUCACCUACUUAAAAAGGAAUAUCAAUCCUUUCUUAGCUUUGUAUUGAAUCUCCUUUAAUAUAUAUUCCAGUUAGCACAGUUAAAAGACACACAUCAAACUUGUGAUUUAGGCUUAAAAGCUGAAAUUUCUUUAUAUGAAAAGAUGAUCUUCAUAUGGAUGAGGUCAGUCUAAAUAAAUACUGUUCUGUGAAUUAGUGAGAUGUCAGGCAGCAAUAAUUUAUUGGUAAAAAUAUUUCUUUUAUAAGAAGUUAUGUAAAGAAAUGUAUUUUGCUCUUUAAAAGUAUGACCAAGGGGAAAGAAGAAUUACAUUGUUAAGAAGUUAAAAAAAAAAAAAGUACAUUUGCUUGUUGCUGAAGGUUAGUAAGUUACAGAGUGUUAUCUGAACUUAAAUGGGAAAUUUAGGAUGAGUGUUAACUCUUUUUCCAAUGGCAAAAGCAAUGGAGUAGUUGCCCAAGGGCUUGAGUAUCUGCACUGGUGGUGCUUUAUCCCAGAACAGUCUGUAACCUCAGAGUUGGGAAUUAUCCUGUGAGGUGGUAAAGGCUCUUGUUGGAACGGUAGCAUGCUUUUGUGACUGCAGGUGCAGCUGCCACUUCUUCCAUUUGAGAAGCUUUGCUUUGGUGCCUUGGACUUCAGAUUUUGCCACCAUAUGCUGAGAGUAUUAUGUUCAUGAUCUCUCUACCUAUCAGAUUUCCUUGGAGAGACUUGACCAAAUAAAGGACUUCUCUCCUUUUCCGACAUCCUGCUAGCAGUCUGUCUGUGUGAAGUUUGGCUCAAGUGAAGUUUUGAAUUGCAGUACUAGCAGGAAACGGGUUUCAAAUACUAGGAAACCAGUUCACUCGUGUGGCGUUUCAUGUCUCAAAUGUGAGCAAUGCUUAUCUACCAUUUCAGUUAGCAGUGACCACUUUGCAAUCAUGUAAUGUUUCUUCUCAGAAAUUGUUUUGUUUAUAUAUGGAUGUUAGCUUUGGAUUGAGAAGAGUGUUAAGGCUUAAGCUGUAUUUUUGACAAACUGUACCGGUAAGCUGUUAAUACAAUUGUUUUUAUGCAGCUGCCCCAAAAUGCUGAUUAAUCUGGCAAUUUGUACUCAGUCACCCAUGCAGCCUGUUCUGUGACUUGCCGCAAUGCUGGAGAAAGUUAAGGCUGGAGAGAGAUGGUUGCUUCUGGUCACACCUGAUCCUCUCAACACAGUCCCUGGCAUUUGACUAAACCAGAGGUCUUCUCUUGAUUUUUUUUUUUUUUUUUUCUGAGGUACUUGGUUAGAAAACGGAGACUGAGGAUUUCUGGCUCUGGAGGUGUAUCCACCUGAAGUUCCUGAGUGAGCAGCCCUGGUGUUCCUCCAGGUGUCGCUGCGGGCUUGGGACAGCCCAGGUGGGAGCCAGCAUCCUUAGUGCACCCAGCAGCCAGGGCUUCUGUUCUGCAUUCAUUCCAGCUUGUAGGAGAUGGUGCUGGGUCGUACUGAGGAAAGGCGUGUGAACUGGGAAGUGCAGGAUUAAUUUAUAAUGCAGCAUCUGAUAGGCAAGUCAAAAGCACUUCCUGUAUUUGUUUUUCAACUGUAAGAUGGAUUUGAGUCUGCUCACUAAUUGUAAGCUUAUGUGGUGCAUCGAAAUAAAACAUUCCGUAGAAGUA